AUGAUGUUUUUGGUUCCGCUUGAUCCAGAGAUGGGCAAAGACAUGGAAGAUCUGACAAAAGGCCUAGAGAAACUCUGUGAGAGCCUCAAAGAGAAGAAUGAGAAGGCUCUGCUAUGUUCAUGCCUAGAACAACAACAAAACCUUGUCUGUAUACUGAAAUAAAAACCAGACGAUGCUUACAAAUGCUGCAGGGGCCUGGAGCAGCUCAACAUGGAGCUGGAGAAACUGAGGGCAGAGGAUGCUGUGAGAAUGAAAACCCAGACCUAACGGAGUAAGCAUUUGGAGAGGUGCUUCAUGAAUCUGGCCAACAACCAUGAAAAAAUGAUCCAGUGCAAGGAUGAACACAAGAAAUGGCAUAUGCAGCUGUGGGAGGAGAAUAACCACUGGCAGUGGAAGAACAAAGUGCUCUUCAGGCAAACUAUGAGGGAGAAGGAAGGUCAAGUGCUCCAGCUUGCUGCCCAGGCCCAGAAGGGCAAAGCUCUGCAAGAUAAACAAGGAAAAAUUUAGGAGCUGGGGAAGAAGCUGGAGACGGCAGAAAAAGCCAGAGCAGGAAAAUGCCUUGUGAAAGAGGCAGCAGCAGUAGACGAUGAUGUGAAGGUCCAAGUGCUCCCACAACAGCUUGAAAGCAGGAAACAGGAGUACAACAAUCUCCCGCUGUGGUUUGAUGCUUACAGACAGCACAGUACAGUUUUCCAGACUAAAGAAAAAGCCCUGAAUGUCAAACUCCAUUUUAUUGCAUAA